UGUUUGACUUUGUUCAGUGUGAGCUGAGUGAUGUCACUUCCUGUCGCCGUGUGACUGACCUUUAAGUAAUCCGUGAUGACACAGUUUAACAUCCUGUCCCCCCCGAGAGGUCUGAACAUGAAGCUGCUUCCUCUGAUCUGUCUCAGCUCGCUCUGCGUGUGCUUGUGUGUAGCCUCAGCCGGAGCCGUCCUCGUGCAGACUCCGCCCUCUGUGUCUGUGACCCCGGGGUCAAAGGUCACCCUGAGUUGUGACAUCACUAAGAUGGGGGGGCAGUGCUCUCAGGUGGCGUGGCUGCGUGUGGGCGCGGCGAGCGGCGGCCUCGGAGUGAUCGGCGUCGGCCGGUCUGUCUCUGCACAGAGUGAGACUCUGUGUCUGCUGGACAUCUCCAGCGCCGCCCUGGAGCAGGCCGGACGCUACUACUGCGUCUACAUCAACGGACUCAUGCUGGUGCCCGGAGAUGGAACCACGCUCACCGUCACAGAUCCGGUGCUCCACCAUCCCGUGGUCGACUUGUUGGUUCCCUCAGACGGCGCCCGUGGCAACGGCUCCGUCCCGUUGGUCUGUCUGGUGUCUGGACUGGAGGACGCUGCUCGGGUCACGGUGCACUGGGAGGUAAACGGGGAACGGGGCGGGGCCGACGGCCUCCUCCGUUCCAGAAACUUCUCUGUCAUAGAGGCGGGCGUCGUCAGCGAACAGCUGGAUGUUCCUGAACGGACGUGGGAGUGCGGAGCGGCCGUGUCCUGCGUGCUGACGGACGGAGAACUGCAGAUCAGACGCACCGCCAGCAGCCAGACAGGACAGUCCAGUGAAUGUGUGUUUCUGACCUCCGCUGUGGGUGCCGUGUGCGUCAUCCUGCUCGUCUUCACAGUGAUGCUCAGCAUGCUGUUGUCACUCCGACAGAGCAGAGACGAAAGAGAAGCAGACGGGCGGCUGGAGAUGACUGACGAGGAGUCAGCUGAUCUUCACUACGCCGCUCUGAGAUUUCAAACUUCAGGCAGAAGAAACAUCAGCUGAUUCUUCACUUCCUGUUCUGAGUCUGGAGGUGGACUCUUAUUGGCUGUCUGGACUCUACAAAAUAAGAGCAUCAAACGAUAAAAGACGUAUCUAUUGUUGAGUUUGACUUUUUCUGUUUUUAAGGCCUUUCUGGGUCGGGCUUUGCAAAAUAUAUCUCAGGCUACAAAUGUUGUUCCUGCUAC